CAGGGCCAAUACGGGCAUGGGUGAACUGGGCCCGGGCAGGAAGGGGGCCAGAAAAUGAAAAUAAUAAGAAUGAUGAUUAGUAUUAUUAUUAUCUCUAGUAAAUGGAGGCUGAUACUAAAAGUUGGCCCAGGGCUGCGGGGAGUCUAGGUACGGUGUCGGUCCCAGCAGAAAUCGUCACGUGCGCAAAGGCAGGUUGGCUUGUUUGCUAGAGCAGUGAGCGAGGCAGGGCUAGUGUCGGUCCCGAGUGCUUGCAGCAAAAUUCUUUUGCAUGAAGUUCCCCUGCAGAGACAUUACAUCAGAGAUGGAGCAAAACAAAUUUACAGUCAAGGCACACCUUCAGAAUGUGAUAGUAAAAGCUUUAUGUAUCACAUCAUUAAACCAGAACAGAACACUGAGGAUGAAAAGCUUACAUCUGGGAAACAAGUCUUCUCUAUGGAUAAUUUUAAAGAGCUUCCUGUUUUAUGUCUUGGAAGAGAAAAACAACCAGUUAUCUCUAUUUUACCUACAUUGGGGAAAAAAGAAAGAAAAAUUAAACUAGAGGAACGACGAAUUCCACUGAGGAAGGGUUCCUUGGACAUGGAGAAACCAAAUAUGGAAGAGCAGGUAGAAAAUAAGCUCUCAGUAGGUAGAGCAAAUUUUUAUUCAGUGAGGGAUAAACUUCCAUUAUUUCAAAAGAAAGGAGAAGAAAUUUGGCAUGCUGUACAUGGAUUUCAUUCUGGUAUUCAUCCUAAUUGCCAGAGUAAAGCUCUGCAUUGCCCAAUCAGGAUAGAGAAAAGGAUUUUUGCUAAAAUGUAUGGAUCUGGAAUGCUUGGACCACUAUAUGAUAUCGAUAAAUUUUAUAAGGAGAGUAAGCAACAUGACAUCCAAACUAGAAAAGAACUUAGGGUUAUGCAGAUGAAGAAUGCUAAAGACAAAGUUAAGCACAAUGCUGAAGGAUUUCUUAGGGAGAAAAAACAUGGUGCUCAAAUAAGGUACAAAGAAGAUGAUAUAAGAAUUCAGGAAGCUUUACAACAGCGUGAAGUGACAAGAUCAAAAUAUAUUGAAGAUGUUAGGGAGGGGCAUGCUCAGUUUCUAGAAAAAAAGAAACAAAAAGAAUCAGAGUAUUCAUUUGUUCAGGAGUUCAGCGCUCAGCAUGUUGCCUUGACACAGAGUUUCUCAAAACUAGACAGAAUGAAGAAAUGCAAGGAAUCUGUAAAGGAGAAAGAACGAAUUGUUACAGAAUGUAAAGAAAAAGUGAAAAAAUGUAAGGAGUUGAUUAAAAGUCUUCAGGACAAGAGGAAAUCGAUGUUACGAAAACAAAGCUUGGCAGAGAAGAAGUUUAUAGAGUCAAUUUUUUUUCAAAAUACCACUGAGAGAUUGCAGGAAGCCAAGGCAAGAGUGGAAGCUGCAAAGGAGCAACAAAGCAAGAUGUGCAGGGUGCCAUUUAAUCUCAGUGUUUGCUGUGUGGAUUAUAUAGUAAAUGCCAAUGUUUAAGAUAAUAGUUUGCAAUGCUGUAAGUGAAUAGAAACUAAACUACAAAUAUCUAGUUGAAUGCUAAAUAUAAAAAUCUAUUCUCAGAUACUAAAUUCCCAUUUGUGGGGAAAAACCCACAAAAAAGAAAGAUAGUAACUCCAUUACAUGCAUUUACUUAUAAGAAAAUGGUAAUGUUGGAUUUCCUUUCGUUACACAAAUUGCCAAUUGCUCAAAUCACAAGCAAGACCUUAUAAAGCGAGAUAAGGCAAAAUACUGCGUUUAUUGAUUACAUGAAUUAGACAGAGGUUUGAACACACUACUCAUAUAGAUGCACACAAAUAAUCAUGCACAAAACUUACACACAGGCACACACAAACACAAAACAACCAUUCAGACAUUAUAGUUACCAGCAGCAGUUGUUCAAUAACAGCACUGGGUGGCCAGCCCCAGCCUUAUUGAGAGAAGGUGCAGGUAGGGCGGUUAUUAUGAGAGGGAGAGAUCCUGUAGAUAACAGCUUGGAGCAGGGUGAAACAGACAUGUCUGUGCUCUGACAAAACAGCAGUUGAGAGAGAGACUCACCCAGCAUUUUUGAAGUCGUCUUUUAUAGGGAUUUGGUAUCCUUUGUCUCAGUGCUUUGGGGUUUUUCCAUACCCAGCUUCUGUUUUUGCGGUUGUUCUUUAGUCUUCAGCUUCUCAGCCUUGGAGUGUUCUUGCUGCCUGUCUGGCAGGAUGGGUGCAUUCCUUCUUGUUAUCUUCCUUGUGCCAUAGGCUUGAAAGGGAUUCUUCAGCCAUUUAUCAGUCAGUAAACUAAUUAAUAAAUUACAUUUGGUGCAGCGUUGCUUCUGUAAACAGUUAAAUCUUCUCCCAUCUCUAUGCCAGUCUCUCACCAUUCACCCUUUUACACACACUCAUACACAAAGGCUAUGCAGAG